AGCGCAGCACUGGCCGGAAUGUUGUGUACUGUUUUAAUGUGAAACAUCGUCCUCAUGUGGCGUUAUAUAUGGCGGCUGUGCCUAUAUACCUCAGCAUUUUGUUUGCGAUAGCAUUUGCUAGCUUAAUAGUUCAAGGGGAUGAGUCUGAAGUACCACAGCCGCAGCUCAUCAUUGUGCCGGCCCAGCGCCAUGUGAUUGUGGAAAAGAGAUCCCCGCUGCUUUUGAAUUGCUCUGUGCAAGUGGUGAAACCCAAAGACUUUGGGCCACUUGAGUUCAUAUGGCGAAAAAAUGGUUUGACCUUAGAAGGCAAGCAGGACAGGAGGAUAGAAGUGUUUGCAAAUGGGUCAUUGUACUUACGUCGAGUUGUACAUCGGAAGCGACGAGCUAAUCGUUUAAGUGAUGAAGGAUUGUACGAAUGCGUCGCAGGAAACAAGAAUGGUCGUGUGGUGGCACGACGGGUCCAUGUGGAAGUGGCAGGUAUUUCACGAAACUUCACUCAAGAACCUAAAGCAUUUGAAGCUUUCAUUGGUGGCACUGCUCGAUUUGAAUGCAGCAUACAAGCCACUCCCCCAGCUGUGAUUGUUUGGCAGAAGGACAAUUCCCAGCUUCCCUCAAACAAUGACAGAUUUAUACAGUUUCCUACCGGAGCCUUGCAGAUACAAAAUGUGCAAGCUUCUGAUGCAGGGAUGUAUCGCUGCAUGGCUGCACAGAAUUUCAACAGUUUGCAGGAUGAGGUGGACAACAUCAAGUGGAAGUGGUCACGACAAGGAACGCUUACUGUCAACCCUUCUUCAACAAGGCGCCCAAUCCGAAUGCUGGUGGCUCCACACAACACUACAGCCAUGGAUGGACAGACAGUCAUGCUGGAGUGCUUAGCGGAUGGAAACCCCAUGCCCACCAUAUCAUGGCAACGUGCAGACAAGCGGCCAUUGAUGGACAGGGUGCGCAUAGUUGGGCAAGGCAGCCUGGUCAUUGAAAAUGUUAGAAGGACUGAUGAAGGGAUGUAUCAUUGUCAUGUUACAGUGGGUAGUAAAACUCUAAAUGCCAGUGCACAUUUGGAAGUGCAGACAUUGCCAGUAAUUACAGAUGCUCCCAAAUCCAAUCGGUGGCCAUUGGCUCGUGUGGUGAACCUAGUUUGUGAAGUGUCCGGUACGCCCAAGCCAAGUAUCAGUUGGUACUUCAAUGGUGUACCUGUCUCCAGAGCAGGCAUUGGCCGGUAUGAGCUCAAGAAAGAUUCACAGAGUCUGUUCAUGUACAACGUUGAUCUCAUAAAUACUGGCUACUACCAAUGUGUGGUUGAGAAUCCUAUUGGUCAGGUUAUUGCUCUGGCACUUGUCGAAGUCUUCUUCAACAAGGAUGCCCCACAAGAGCCUGUAGACCUAACAGUCACUCCUUUAAACAGCACCAGCCUGUUGAUCACUUGGAAACAGGUGCACCCUGUGACACCCAUUCUCACUUAUGUUAUCCAUGCCUUUUCUUUGGAAGACACAACCCAUCCGUCCCAGAAGUUCCAUCACGGCACCCUAGAAGAGCAGCAGUCCUUUAACUUGACCCUUUUGCAGCCUAGCACACUGUAUUCCAUCCGAGUUCAGGCUUACAAUGCUAAAGGAGCAAGCAAAUUGUCUGAGGCUGUUGAAGCACGCACAGAAGAAGAUGUACCAAGAGGGAAGCCAACAUUUCAGUUGAUCCCUUCGGCUGACAGUUUACUGGUGAAGUGGGAUGAGAUGCCACUUGCUGAACGUAGAGGCGUCAUUACUAAAUACCGCCUGCAGUAUCGCUCUAGUUUGCAGCCCAGUGACAUUACCACUCAUAUAAUCAAUGGUUCCGAGACAUCCUACACAAUCACAGGUCUGAAGCCAGAUACACAAUAUGAAGUCAGACUGCUGGCAGCAACACAGAAGGGCUUUCCACCUGAGGAUGAUUGGCAAUGGUCAUUUCAUAAAACACUUGAGGCUAGUCCCAUUGGGCAGCUGCCAGGUCUGAAGAUUGAAGUCCUCAAUUCUUCUGCAGUUCAGGUUCAAUGGGAGGCUCUUGACUUGACAAGCCCAGACAACAUCAUUGACACCAUUCGUUUGAUAGAGCUGCGGCUUCUGAAUGGUCAGCACAGUCCCAUUCUUCGUGUACCUGUGGACCCUCCUGCUGUCUUCUAUGUCCUUGGUGGACUGGAUAAUGACACCUAUUAUGAGGUAACAGUAUAUGCCAGCAGGAAGGAUGUGCAAGUCUCUCACACAUUUCGCAUAUUGGAUGGGCUGCUGCCUCCUGUUCCCAAAGAUAUACAAAUGCACCCAAAUAGCCCUACCUCCAUCAUACUUGAGUGGAGGCCAUCUGCUUUGCGAGAUGACAUCACUUGCUAUGAGGUGUGCUACUCGCUGAGCUCAGCACCUCCCAGUGACAUUGGAAAGUGCAUCAGCAGUGACAGGCCAUCUGUGGUUAUCAGUGACCUCAUGCCCUUCACUUUGUACCACUUUCACAUCCGCAUCAACUUGCAGCAUCAAGAAGGCCCAUUUACAACUAUCACUGGCCACACCACAGAAGACAAGCCUGGGCCACCAGUUAAUCUGACCUAUGGUGUUGUGAAGCCAGGGUCAAUACGGCUGCAGUGGAGUCCCCCAUCCAGACCAAAUGGCAUCAUCACAUCAUAUGUCAUUUUUUACAAUGUCGACAAAGAUGUUCCUGACACUAUGUGGAAAAACUUAACUAAGACAGGCAAGCAGACUGUGGCUCAAGUUGAUGACCUAGACUUUGAUCGGUACUUCUUUAAGAUGUCUGCAUGUACUAAAGCAGGUCUUGGUAACCCAACAAAAGUCAUUAUUGUGUAUCCAGAUUGUGCACCAGACUCCUGCAAGCCAGGAGAAACAGCAGAGCAAAAGCUGCUGCAGCUAACUGACCGACAAAUUGGGAUCAUUGUUGGGGUAUCCAUUGGUGUGGCAUGCAUCAUUAUUUGUAUUGUAGUCAUCGUGUGCCGCCACAGGUGCCUGAGCAUCUCUAGCAUGGUGGAUGGCAGCAGAGCUUGUGGUGAAGGUGCCCCAGUUUACCACGGUAAUGGACAUGUUCCUGGUGGUUAUGGCAAUGGUCAUGCCAAUGGACCUUUGGCAAGCAGUCAGUUUCUGGGCCUGGAAAUGACCGCCUUGGAGACUAUGCCCAUGCUAACCAAACUUGCAGAGAAUGAGCAAUCAGAUGCCAAGGGUGGUGGGGACAUGAUUGUCACCCCAAGUGGUGUACGCAUCAAUGGUUUUGUCAAAACUAAUGGCCAGUUGCCCAAUGGUCACCUGCCUCAUGGUCAUCUUGAUUUGAGUGGCACAUCAGAGGAACAGCACAGCUUAAUUGCAGCCAUGAUUGCUUCAGCCAAUGGGAACUAUACCAUGGACAGCAGAGACGUCACUCUGUCAUCCAGCAAUACUAACCUCGACCCUGAAGAGGACUCUCUCAAUGAUAUUGACAACUCUGAUGCAGAUACAGACAUUCUUGCCAUGGGCUGUGACCAGCUCCUUUCUACAGUCGAAGGUGACCUGCAUGCUGCAUCCCAGAUGUCUGACACUGAUGACCUUGACCACAAGAUAGGAGGAACAACACAGCAGUCGGAGGCUGGUGCUCAGACAGGGCACAGUAGAAUUCUCACUGACAGGGAGGAGCUCGCCCCUCCUGUAGAUGGAGGUGCAGUUCGAUUGCAGGACAAGGUCCCAGCCAGGCCGCUGCCAGUCUGCCUAGAGGUGGCAGCACCUGGGCAUAAUGCAUUGUGGGGUGGUGGCAGUGUUGGUGGUGAGGAGGACUGCUGGCAGAAACAGGGCUAUUGCCAACAAGAGCAAUAUGACCAGCAGUCCACAACCGCAGCCCCAACCACCCCGACAUGCAUCUCAGGAAACCAGGUUUGUCACUGCCACCAUUACAUCCCCGGCGGCCAGCUACCUCACAGCACCACAGUCAGGGCCAUCACUACCUCUCCUCCAGUCUGCCCCCACCCCAACCUUCACCCCCUUCAUCACUGCCUGUGUCACCUCUAACAAACCAACAGGAGUGUAAGAUUAGUGGGGGUUGGAAUGAAGAAGGGAUUGGAGGAUUACACAGGGAAGGAGGUGUGAUUUUUGCACCUCCGCCAUCGUUACCUCAGGCGACCAUGUCGCAGCAGGCAGCAGAAGCAACGUGGGCAGCAGCUUCGUGUGCAGCAGUUUCCCCUCCUUUUGCUGUGGAGGGAAUGCAGCAACCCAAGGGGGUCCAUCCAUCACCCUCUAUGGCUGAGAGGCAUCAGCAGAAGGCACAAAUGGGCUCAGGGGUGCACCCUGUGUGCUAGAUGCCACCGUUCAGGCUUUAAGGGAAGUGGUCCAGGGCAGGCCUGUCUAAGGCCCCUGCUGCCUGCUCUUACUCAUCACCACCCUUGCCUCAGGCUGUCCCCUUCUUUCUGGAUCAGGGAUUGGCAGUUACCACGGGGUAACAGCUUGCUGGAGAACAGUGGUCUUCACUUGGAGGAUUUUUACAAGCCAUGGGAUGGGCUCACUGCUCCAACUUACUACCUCCAGGAGUGUUGCUGUUUGGCUUUUGCCACACAACUGAGAGCCUGGCUGCCUGUGUGUGCCUGGCAGCAGGUUUCCCUGUGAUUGAACACAGGCUGCAGCCAGUGUGAUGCAUUGUGGACAGGGAGAACAGUUGAGAGUGGCACUUCGCUGUUUAAAACUACCGAAGACGUGUGGAAUGAGGGAACGUAGAUUUGAAUACAGGGGAAACAAUGUACACAGUAGAGCAUUCUGAAAUUUAAUUGUAAGCACAUUUAUUGCAGUCAGCUGUUCCUAUGUAUGACUGCUAUUUUAAACAUCAGCAAAGAUAGAGAAAAUUGUUGAGCCUGUUUAGCAAGAUUGUGAGAAAAUCUGCAUGCUGAGUAAUGGGAGGAAAAAAAACUAUAGAAUCCCUGAUAGCUAUUGGUGAUACAUAGCACUGUGGAGAUAUAUAGGGCUAGGAGGCUAGUCAGGUGACAUCAGCAGUCAAACUUUUAGGUUGGGCUUACCAGUCAAGAAAACAGUAUGCAGUUCCACCCUAUGAGUACUUGAAAGUAGUGGACCUGAAUCUCUCUCACCUCAGUCCAGAUUUGCAAACCAUAGGGUUAUUUCCAUACAGAGGAAGGACAAACACUAUCCCCAUAUCACAGACCCCCAGAUCACAAUUAAACAGCGAAGUGCAUUGGUAGUUUUUUUUUUAAUGGUUGAUAAGGAAGCAUAGACUUCAUUUUAUUGUUUUUAAAUCAGCAACCUAUCUUUUUUUAAAAAUCAUGGAACUUGUGCAUUUUUUCUGGGGCAAAAAUGUCUGCAAGCUGCAAGGACAAAGUAUAUGAUUAACAGUAAGCUGAAUGGUAGAAUUCUGCACACCUUUCUAGAUAUUGUUUGUCUUUAAUGCGGGUACUGAUACUAUACACACAGAAUCAAUCCUUUCCCCAAUAUAAACCCCUUAUACCAUGCUCUCCUCAUGAAGUCCUCUGGACUUUUCUUAACGUUACCUCAGUGAAAAAUUUCCAUCAGGGGUGAAUAGUUUAUUUGUUUCUAGUUUUUUUAAAAAUAAUCAUCUAAUGUGCUUCUACUGCAUUUACGUAAUUAAUACUAUUAGUUGUAUUAGUUGACUGAUAAUAAUUUGUAUUGUUAUGUCGACAAGCAGCAGCAAAGGCUGAACUGUGUGGAAUGUGUUGAUAAUUAUUCCUUUACACUGAGCUACCCUCUCCCCCUCUUUCCUUUACUCGUUUUGUACUAGUUUCAAAUCCCCAUUUUACUGUCAUGAUGUAAGAUUCUGAACACCAGAAACACAAAAGCAACUGGCACAAAUGUAAACAUGACCUUCCUGGGAUUUGUGAGAUUCAUGAGAUCAGGAAGUUAGGGACAGAUUUGUCAUGAUGGAGUAUAUGAACUACCCUCACUCUUUCCAGAAAAAGUUAGUUCCCUCAAAAAUAUGCAGAAACUCUUCCACCUACUCAAUGCUUAUUGGUCUUGUUCCUCUCACCCCCCACCCUGUGUGAGUGGCAUGGAUGCAGAUUUAUGCAUGUGCGCGCACACACACACACAUAUAUUAUACUGCAGUGCACGUGUUUCAGGGAUUUCUGAAGUAGACAUACUUCUGAAUUAAAGUAGAACACUCUUGGGCAUUUUGAUAGGACCCUGAUGCUGGUUUCUUGUGGUCUGUUAUAUUUAAUAUUGUAUUUACAAUUUUGGUACUUAGUGUUGUGCAUGUAUGUCAGGACUACCUCAUUUCUUCGGCAAAUGGGUGACAAAAGGAAUCCUGCAAGUAAUUUCUGGAAGGACAAAGUUGUAUCCAAGGGACUGUCUCCAGCUAAACUACCUCCACUGUCAAAUCAUGGACGCUCAAUCAGACGAGUGCUUUUGGAGAACACAGUUCCCCUGCAGCAUAUACCUCUAACCAACAACCUCACUCACUCGGGUGUGGAACCACCACAGCAUACCAAGGAUUUCUCCUCUUCUCACCCCAACCAUUUUGUUUUAAUGUACUGAGUUUUUUUGUUUGUUUUUUUUUUUUUUUUUUUUUUGUUUGUUUGUAUUUUUUUUGUUUUUAUUUUGGCAACUGCUGUGGCCACAGAUCUAAAACCAAAUCUUUGAUUCAGAAUAAAAUACGGAAAAUGGAUUAUGUAAGGUGUGCAGCAUUUUCCUGCAUCAGUACUCAACAAGGAUGGCCGGGAGUAAUCCAUCUUGAUUGUUGUGAAAAGUGUGUGUUAUCCUAUUCGUGGGGAGGAGGAUGGCAGUCUUCUCAUGUGGUUUAAAAUGAGUGUGAUUAUGAUUUUUGGGGAUCUUAACAGAUCAUUGUGAGAAGUGGUAAAGAAUGUUCAGAACUGGCAAGGAACCACAGACAUUAAGAUGUUUUGCCAGUCUGCAGGAUGGUGGUAGUGCUGAAACAAACUCUCUCGUUCUUCACUUUCUUACUCUCUAAGGUGAUGAAGAGAGCUGCAUUGAAAAUGGACUCAUUUGUUGGGGCAGAUGAACAAGGACAGGUCAUUGCAGCUAUUUUCGUCUUGCAGAUUUAACUCCAAACUUCCACAACAAUAUAAAUGUGUAUUAUGGCAGCUCAUUCAGAAAGAGUUGGAAGAAAUAAUUUCUUUCUCCUCCUCGCCCUCUUUCUCCUCCCCCAAUCCCAUUAUCCUCAAAGAGGUUUUUUGUGUUUCAUACAGAUUUUUUUCAGGGGACUAGACUAUCCCCAAACCCAACUAAAAAAACAGGGCCACUUCUUGCCAAGUAGGCUAAGUUUGUGGAUCCAGCAGUUUUUGCCCUUUUAACAGUUUAGAACAGUCUUAAAAGUCAAGAAUGGACAAGAUGGCAAGUGAUUGUUCAUGAAGAUACAGGCUGAGUAGGGUUUUAUUUCAUGGUACUUUACAUUUUUCCUUCCUCUUUAGGUGAACCUAUCUUAAGAACACAAGUUGAUUUACAAUGGCAGCUGGAGUACAAUGCACAUUAUGCAGACUCACCUUUAAUCCAGGUGUCCAUAGCAAACUAAAGGACAAAUCUUGGUUUCUGAGCUGGCAGCAUAGCUCUUGUGAAACAGCACUUGCUAAACACUAGUUCCCUUUCCCUUGAUACACUACAUCCUUCCCCUUUCAGCAACUCCUGCUUUAAGGUUCUGCUUGGAUGAUUGUGAGACGAGAAUAGAACUGGCAGUCAAAAGACCAAAAGUAAGAUGUGUGAAUGCUAGGGAGUUGUAAACCUAUUUAAUAUAUUAGUAAAGUGGAAACUUCUGUUUCUUAAUACCUAAUAGCACAUGUAGAGAGCAGUAUCUCUGUUCAUGACUUGUGUCCCCUGUUUUGAUUGUUCACUAAUGACAUCUCUAUUUAAAAAAACUUGUACUGAUAGAAAAACUGUAAUGUAUACAUAGUUGUGUGUAAAAUUAAUGUACAUUUAUGUCUGUUGAUCUGUCCGAACAUCUAUAAAGGGCAGCUGCAUUGUGUUUCUUUGGUCUGUUUUAUUUUUAGCAACAGUGGGUCUUAAAGCAUUGUUGUACGUUCAGAUUAUUUCUUAAUUAAUAGUUGUUUUUUCCUUUGGGACAGAAAGUUUGAAAUCAAGGGGAGGGGGCUUUUUUAUAUAAAAUUGUUUUAUUCUUUUACUUGGUCGCACAGGAAUUAAUGUUAAAACUAAAAUGCAGCAUUUUCUGAAAUAAAACAUCUCCUGAUUUGUUUAAGAGAAUAGUCACUCAGGAAAGCAAGUGUGUCAAUUUUUACUGUUAAUAUUAUGUAUCAUCUUCUAAAAUGUGCUAUAGCCUUUUUUGCUAGAGACUGUUUGUAAAAAAAACUUUUGAGUUGUCAGCUGCCAACUUUCAGGGAAAUAUGACUUGCUGGAGUUAACUUUUGCUUGAGUGCUCAUCAUUCAAGCUUUUGUUUUACUUAGUGUGAAGCUGCACAGUCACUGCAACUACUUCCCCAUGCCACGAUCUUUGUAAGCCUAUAAUGAAUGGAGGUUUUAGUUUAGAAAUUCAUGAUUCUAGGUACUCAUUGUAAUCAUGUACCACAAUCAACAUGUCAUAUUACUGUUUAGAAGCUUGAACAUUCUGUGAAUGAUGCACCCUCUUCCAUCCCUACCCUUUUUCCCUCCUCACUCCCCAUUGUUUAUUAGUCUGCAUAGUGGCUAACCCUCAUAUUGAAGAUCAUUAAAUUGGUGUCCUCACCACAGCAUUGGGCCUUUGCCUUCGUUUGGCUUAAGGGUAUGACGGACACAAGGAUCUUCAUUCAGUAAUUGUUAUAUUUAUUGCAUAAAACAGGAAUCUCUCAUGAAAGCGGACUGUGGAUUUUAGUGUGAAUUGAUUGGAUUUUUUUGUUUGUGAGCUUAAAUAUUAUUAGAGACUAUUGCUGUUUGACUUUCUCCUCACCUGGACGUCACUGAUGCUUUUAGGGUCAGUCCACAGUGUAAGUGAACUGUGAAGGUGUUUAUCCGGUGCAAGAUUUAUGUCGAUGACUCUUGAGUCCUUUACCUCAUCAUGUUGGUCAGUGAUUAUAUAUGAACAUGUAUUAUGUGUGUUAAUGGACAGUUUGCUUUGACAACUGAACCCAUGCUUCUGACUUGUAUCUCCAUGGCACAUCCUUGUGUGUAUAUUGUACUGCUUGUUACAAAAGGAUAAUCCUCUUUGUAAAACACUGAAAUCAGCAUAGAAAGUAAUAAACAAGCAUUCUGUCUCCUUGUGGCUGCAGAGAAUACGGAAAGACAGACUUGCACAUUCUGCCUUUGUACUGUAUUGAAAAAACUCCUCAUGCAUCAUGUGGGCAUUGAGGACUUCUAAGCUUUGCAAAGAGGAUGCUCAUUAAGUUGUAUGUUGUCUUGUCAAUAAUGUAAAGGAGUCUUUGUAUCUCUCCUUGCUGUCAUGGAUAUAUGCGUGUGUGGAUGCACUUAAGCAUUUGUGUGAAAGAAACUUGUAUAGUUUUGCAUUUGGUGUUUAGUCACAUAGACAUGUAAUUAUGCAUUGCAAUCACUCACACAUCACUGGUCAAUUUAGCUGAAGCGAGAAUCCAAUCACACCUUUCUUGUUUCCUAUUGGGUUCGAUGGGUUCUUGACCUUUUCCUUUUGCUGGAUUUGUCUGGAUUUGUGGCACUUCUGCUAGUUUACUGGCCAGAAAUGUGUGGUGGACUGUGGAUGCACCAUGUCCAGUGCAUGUAGAUGUAGCGCAGCUGCCCUUCUGUUCUUGAGCACUGUGUAUCUACCUCAGUGGGUGGACUGUCAGCCCAUCUCAGGGAGUCGUGUCAGUCGCAGGGAUUGAGGUCUGCCCAUUUCGCUCCUUCUUCUGCUUGUCUCUUUUCUGUUGUGUCUUGUCCUCCUGUGGCCCACACACACACCUGUACCUACAAAACCUCAAUGCUGAGUCUGUUUUGGCCUUUUCACCUGUUACAGCUGUUUCUUUUCUUCCUCUUGCUGGUGGUUUUUCAUUUUUUUUUUUUUGGGGGGGGGGGAUUUGAGGUAAGACAUUUACCUCUUUUGAUGUAACCACACAAAACAUAAGAACUUUGUAAAGGGCUCAUUUUUUUCCACUGUGCUUUUUUUCGUCUCAUUUUCAAAAGAGUAGAGGGGUUGAGUAGGUGGGGUCAAGUUGGGUGGGGGGUCCUGCAUUCUUUAUGUUGAAAGAAUGGAUGUGUUGCACAUCUUGAAGCAUGGCUGCCGUUGGGGUUUUGUUUUAUAUUGCUAUGCUAGUUGUCAUCAGUGAAGACACUAAUGAUGAUGGCUUUUUAGCCUUUUGCAGUGUUCUGCAUGAAUUUCUGUCUUCUUACAUUUUGUCUUUUUUAUAGAGUUCUUUUACAUGUCUUAAAAGUUACUUUAGUUGUCUAGACUUGUGUCCACUUCCUGUUGUCCUAGAUUGCUAUUCUUGUACAGCUGCAAAUUAUGUGCUGCCAUAGGGUUGUGACUGUGCAUUGGGCAGUCUUCACAAAACACGAGGUGGGGGAAUAUGAUCUGGUCUUAACAAACAGUAAAAUGCUGGCAAAGUUAGGUUAGUAUUUUAGCAGUAAAGAUAGGGUUGCAGCCCUAUGCUCUACUGGGGGCGAAUAGGAACAAGAAGAAGGAAGAUAUGAUUAGCUGUGGAUUAUAAAAAAAGUAUUAAGGUCGGGAAAAUUUGUAAAAUGCUUGGCUGGAAUUGUUAAUAGUUCAGAAGGUAUGACAAAAUUAACUGUAAUAAGAAAGACGAGACUUGAAAAUGGCUUUAGUUAAUAUGAGAUCUGAUAAGACUACCAUGCAUAUUAGAGUCAUAAUGUUUCUGAAAGCUUUUGAUAUUAAGGUGAUCAAAGAAAGUGUUAAGGAGAGAGUUUACUGAUCAUACCACUUCACAAGAGUUAGCUAAGUAUGGACAAAGCUAAAACAGAAAGGCUAAGUUUUAGUUUAGACAACGCAGUCAACCCACCUAUCUAAACAGUGACGGGGCAAACAUUUUGAUUUGCUUGCGGAUAAUUUUUCAGUAGAGAAGAAGUGUUGUGCUUUCUGUGUAAUUUUUAGAAAAUGUGAGAAUAUUUGUGGAUCUGACUGCAGGUAUGCCCUGCAUCCUCCACCACCACCACCAACCACCCACACCCUUUUUUUUAAUUUUGUUUUUUGACUGAUGUGAAAUAUAUGGAUCCUGUUAUGGUGUCCUUUCUUGCCUCCGAUUCAGUCCUUUGCUGAAAAAUGGUCUUAUGUUUGUAGGCAUGGAUUUUCUUCAGCAGAAUUCAUUUGAAAAAUGCAGCAAAGUGAUGUUUCCAUUCUACUGAACAUCCGUUUUCACAGUCUGUUUUUGUUAUAUGUUGUAAAGGUUUUAACGGUUUGUGUACAUGUUUGCUUUCACAUGUAUUUGAGUUAUAUUUGGGCAGGGAUGUGUGUCUUGUGGGGAAAGGGCAAUUACAAAUCUCUUUAUCUUAGAUUGCAAAUAAGCAGAAGUAAAAUGGCUGCUAACUUCACACAACUCUCCAUCCUCAACAGUUUGGCAAGAUUUUUGUAGUUUUUUUUUUUUUUUUAAUAUUGACAGUUGUCUGAUAUUGACCGAUAUCUGAGUGAGAAGCAAAGAGUGGCAAAGUAGAAUCUUAAUAUACUGCUGUAGAACAACUUGAGAUAUAGACCAAAACUAGAGGACUUUUUUGUCAACUAGGUUCCGUAUGUAACUCAAGAAAUCAGAAGGCAGUAUCUCAUGAAUGCACUCCUACUAGAAUUUUGAACAUUAUUGCAUUAUUUCAGUUUUAUUCAAUAAAUAUUUGGAUCCUGAUUCCUGAUUCCCACUUUCACUGGUAACAGGCAAGGAACUGGGGAGGCAAUGACUUUAGUGUUGUGUUGGUUAACCUUUACUUAUUACCUCCUAACACAUUUGAUGGGUGUCAUGUUUCAAGAUGUAUACCUUGGAUUGCAUGUAAUUGUUACGGUCAUUUUUUCCUCCCGAAUAGGAGGGCAGGCAGCAAACUUUGAGAAAGCAUUAUGAUGAACUGUAUCUGUCAUUUUGUUGAACUGUGUCAGUCUCUCUGUACAAGCUCUUGCAGCUCUCAAGUGGUGACUGUCUGACCAGGUGUGCAGUGUCAAGAAGCCCUUGGAUAGCUUGCAUCCAUCUUGGAUUUCAGAGUAAUCAUAUAGUGACUUAUAAUACUUAUUCAUGUGAAUUACAACCUUGACAACUAAGUUUGUAAAACUGCUGUACCACUCCUCUGCCAAUUUAUGUUGAACUUGAAUUCAUAAUGGUGCAGAUUCAAUUUUUAAAAUAGUUGAGUUGAAGAGAUCUGGACUCUGUAGAUCAUGUGGUGCUGUACGUCCAUUGUUGUUUUUGGUUUUUUUUUUGGGGGGGGGGGAUUUUUUUUUUUUUUUUUUUUAUUAAAGAAGAGAGAUAAUUUGUCGCUCUAGUUAAUUGUUGUGGCUGAAGAUCUCAAGAGAUUCCACAAAGAUAGACAUAAAUAUCCAACAUUUCCCAGCAUUAAAUCCUAGCAAUGAAAUGGUAGAAAUGAAGAGAAGUUCAGAUAGCUGCACACCAGGUCAGAUGACUUGCACACUAUUGUUAUUAUUAUUAUGGAAAACCUACAUGUACUUUUUCUGUCUCUGUGCUAAAUUUGUGGGUACCGACAUUGUCAUGUAUGCCUCCCAAACCAUCACUACCAGCCACUUCCAGACUUUCUCUACUCGGGCCCUAUAUAUUUUUUGUGAUUUGUGCCAUGCCCUUAUUCAAUCGAAACUUGUGGACUGUUUCAGAACUCUCAGGGGAGGGCAGAGGUCCUGUUUUGUAUUUAGGGAUAUCAUUCAGAAAAUGUUGGAACAGUCUUAGACAAUGAUCACAUGCUUACCCCUCUGUUACUUCGUUCACUUGCUGCUUGAUAAUAAACACUACUUCUCUAUCCUCUGCAACCAUAGGUACACUUUUCUGGAUGUUUUGGAUUGUUCUCCUUGCCCCCUUUUCUUACAUCCUGUCUGCCUCUCUCAUUCUUUCUCUCUCUGAAUUGAUGGGGGUAUUUUUAACAGGCGCUAAAUUUUAUGUGUAUCUGGAAUGUUUUUGUCAUGUACUUUUUAGGGGCUUGGUUUCUGCUCCUUUUGUGGUAAUGAUAUUAUGAUCCUUCCCUUCUCCUAACAUAAAUUUCCAUUUUUGAGGGCUAGUUUGAAUAAGCAAGUAGUAGUGGGAGGAAGAGGGUUAAAUUGGUGGCAGGAAGUUUUUACUCAACAGUAAGCACACCUUCCUCAACUCUCCAGAUUUUUCUGAGCAAAAGAACAGAAUUUUAGAACAAAAUUUAACAGGUCCAUCUUUAACUUGUACUGUGGAAUCUGAAAAAGAAAUCAGAAAGCAAAAAGCUAUAGGAAGGGAAAAAACUACUCUUUUAAAAGUUCCCUUUAUUAUUAAAUAUUUCUUGGAUUGUAUGAACUUUGGUGUCAUUUAGUUAUGCAUCUCUGUGUGCCCUAAUGGGAAAAAAAUUUUUAGUGGGUAAAUGGAUUGCUUUAAAAAAGAAAGAAGAGCAAGACUAAGAAAUAGACACUUUGGUUUUAGCUGUACCAGAACUGGUGCUGUUCAAAGCAUCCCAGAAAAAUGACCAUUAUAUAACUACAUAUAUUGCCAAUAAAAUCUCAUAAUGUUUAUUUUUGAUAUUUAGAUAGUAUAGUGAACGAUAAAGGCAAAAGGGGAUGCUUUUAUUUGGUUAAUUUUGAACAUAAAAUCAAAACAAAAGUCUUGACAUUGGAGCCAUUUAAAAUAUAACUUUUGGUCGUCAUAAAAUGUAACCUUUAUUCAGUCAGUGGAGAGCAGGGUUCUGCUUAGCAACACAAGUCUAAAUUUAUAAAAAAAAAUAAUUCAUAUUUCUAACAGAGAAAAAUGCCUCUUCCGAUAUUUGUGUUCAUUUAGUAGAAAAUAUAUAAUUAGUAACUAAUAACUAAAAUUAUUUUUUAAUAAGAAUCCCCUACAGCUUCAUGUUAUUCAAGAUGAGAUAAACAUUAGCUGUAUCAAACAUAAAUUUUACUUAAAUGUAUUUUUAUCUCGGUCCCAGUGUAAACUGUUACAGUGGCGAUCAAAGUAUAUGUUUAAGCUUUUUUACCUCUUAAUGUUACCCUGGACACAGGAGUCAUGUCUGUUUUUUGCAGCUGUGCUUCACUUUUAGGGGGCUCUCAUUAACAUUGUUCAUGAUUUUUCAUAGUUUAUUUUUUCCAUUCAGUUUUCUUGCUUUCUGACCCAAACACCUUAAGGUCACCAUCUGCACGUUAACAUUAACCAUGUCAUAUCCAGAUAGCUGGGACCUUGGCACAGUUUGACCUUUGAAGUGAAAUGGAACUACCUCAGGCGCUAGCCUAGCGCCAUCUCUAUUGUGCAUAUAAUUAACCACCAUUUCAGGUGUUAAUAGAUUCCUCAUUUAUGUUAUCAUCAUUGUUUAUCCCUUUUUUAAUGACCUGUUUGUUAGACUGCUUCUGUAUUAAAACUCUGUUGAGGCUUCACGGCCAGGGCAGUUUGUGUUUCUCCUCCUCCACUCUCUCCUGCUUCUUCUUUCUUUUACUUUAGAACCUGUCACCUGUACUUACUCCUCCUUUUGCUUUCACCGUUUUUUCCUUAACGGGAAGCUUUCAAUAUACACUAUCCUAAAGUUGAAAUUAACCUUCAGAAUCGAUCAUUAAUUCUUUUUCUACUACUAUUUAUCUCCCUUUAUUUCAUCUCGGAUUUUGAAGUUGCAAAACAUUAAGCCCUUUCAAGUGAUUAACAUUUGCUUGUAAUAGGAGAGCCAGUCAAGGAUAGCUUAAACACCCAAGAAGCUAGCAUCACAAUAAGUAGCUGCAGUACAGAAUCAGCUUCACAGUAAAUAAGUUUUCUAAAUUUCAUUAACACUAGACUUCAAAAUUGUCAUUACCUUUUCAUGGAGUUGGAAGGCACAUAACAUUCUUCAUUUGCUUUGCUGUCUCCUGAUGGUCAUGUUUUUAAGAGGCAUGUAAAAGGAGAUGAUAAAAUUGCUGUACAAAGAAAUUUCAAUUAAAUUGUGGGUUGCAUGUUUCGGUGUAAACUAAAUGCAUGGGGAUUUAUAUGUGCACUGCAAUUCUGUCUGAAGUCCACCUUUGAAAUUGGAAAUAUAGGGGAUGGGAACAAGUGAAUUACCUUUUCUCUAUUUUAAAAUGUAUAGAAAUAACCAUGAUGCUGUAGUCCAUAUUUUUCUGCACAUACAUGCAGUUACCUAGUUGUGUAUGGCUACCUCAAAGACUUAGUGUAGGACUGGAUUGUCUUUUGCUCUUAAUCUUCCUUUGAACAUGCUAAAUAAUGAACAUUGUUUCACCCAGCUACAUAAAAUCAGUUUUAAAAAAGAUAGUGUCGUAGACAUGUUGGGUUUGUAAAUGUUGUCCAGAAACUUAACCAGACUAGUGAUGCUAAUGCAGUCUCUAGGAAGAUGUUAAGCAUGCAGCAUCCAUCCAGUCCUCAUGCUGCUAUUAUCAGUACCCUCUAUUUCUGGCAGCUGUCUUGUGACUUUGUGCUUGAUUUUUAAGCCAUAGAUGAUCCCACAGAAAUAAAAGUCAUUUUAUUCUUUAAAAUGCCCCCUACUCUUCCUCCCUUCCCACAUGCAUGCAUAUGCAUUGCUGUUGUCAUCUCUACAGUUGUGACAUAGUUGUUACAUUUCCUGUUAAAAAGUAACUAGCAGCAUUUCCUGAGUAACAGUGACCACAACAAUCUUGCCCUAUGGUGCAUUCUCAGCUUUCACCUCCAUCAUUGAUUUCUGGUUGAACAGAGCAAAUGGAGAACAGAUUGCUAAUUUAGCAUGUUCAAGGAUAGAUGAAAUAAAGAUAAUUCAGCACCACACAACGCUUUUAUUCUUGAUGUUUGGAACCAGACUUCGUGCACUUGUACUUUUGAGUUUAUAGCAGAUUAACUGUUCUUAUGCUCUUUUUGAAGUCUUGAGGUCUGCAGCCAGAUCUCUGUGCACAUGUAUGCAGUUUUUACAUCUACUUAACAGUUCUUACACUCUUGUAAAGUUUCAAGAGGUGUAGGUUACCUGUGUGCUACGGGUCUUUAUUUGUCUGAAGUUUGUAGGCAAAUAAAAAAUAUAUAUAUUGGCAUUUAAUAGCAAGUGAGUCUGACUGUUGUUUUUUUUAUAAUUAUUAUUAUUUUUCUGUGGUGCAUUUUUGAAAAUAUUUUGAUGUCUGAAAUGACUUCUGGCAUGUUUUGGAGAGAGUUGAGUUUCUGAGAGUGCUGGACCAAGUGGACACUGUCCAAGUGGAUAGUGCUUGAGGGAAGAGGGUGCAUGUUUAUCCUGUCAGAUCUAGGGUUAUCAUUAAAUGAGAGGCUUUGUUUUUCCUGUUAUUUAUUUUGCUACUUUUAAAGCGAAGUUAAUGUGGCAGUUAUAAUAAGUACUGAGAAGGAUAGGAACAAAGAUAACACUUUGAUAAGAGACUGGAAAACUACCAAAGUGGUUUAUGCUUGCAGUCAUGUAUUUUGAGGGAACAUUAGAACAGCUUGAAAACUACCAUAUGUGCAAAGUUCAUUUCCAGAUGCUUUUAAGUCCAAUUACAAGACUGAAUUGUGAUUAUUUUAAUAUAGUGAGGAUCAGGUAUCCAGACUGUAGAUCUCUUCUUGGACAUAAUGUUCUUUCUCAGCAUCUGACACCUCUUUACAAGGCUGGCUGCUUUACCAUGAUACAGCUUUAAAUACUGGCUUAGCCUAAAACACCCCUAAAUAUUGCAGAAAGAGCAGUCUACUCCUAAUCACACUGUAAAAAUAAAUUAACUGUAGAUCAGAGCCCACAAGAUGAAGAUUAACCUGAUCAUUGUGUUUUAGGCUAAUAAAACAAAGUGGGACUUGUGUGAAAAGUUAAGUUACUCUUCUCAUGAAGAAAUAAUAUCAAAGGGGUAGAUUUCAUCAAAGGAUUAAUGUUUUUAAAUGGGUUUUCUUUUAGAUGACUUUUCUCCCAUCAAUGUUCCAUAAUCUUUCCCAUCUGCUGCCGCCAUUUUAGAAUAUAUUUCUCACAGCUAAUAUUAGCCAUGAAGACAAAACUUCCCUGGUAUCCAGAAUCCUGAGUAACUUAUAUGGCUCACCAGCCAGAAUAUUAUAUAUAUAUUUUUUUGAUGGCUAAAAAGAUGUUAAAAUAUACAGGGUCAUUGAAAGAUAUACUUUAUGCAUCUGUAUCAGUUUUAAAAAAAAGCUUUGUAGAUAAUCAGGUAUUAUAGGAAACUUGCAUGCAGGAAAUGGAAUGUACAAUACAGCUUAGGCAAAACCAGUAACUUAUACUGCAGGUGAUGUUUAAGAUUUAAAAUAUUUCCUAGCACCCUUUUCACCUCUGAUCUUUGUGGUUUUAUUCUCUGUGAGGACUCUAUUCACAGUGCUUAUUACUUUGUGCCAAGUCUCUUUAGUCCUAUUCAACCAAUCCACUCAUUUCCAUAGCUUCCCUUUCUUCAUUCCAGCUUAGUGUUAGAUCCAACUGGCUGAAGUUUUGAGAAUAAAUGUCAACCAGGUCAAUCUGAAUCUUCACUCACUGGAUUACAACAGGGGUUUAAGCUGGAAGGUAGUAACCCAUAGUUUAGUGUGUAUCCUUUAGUUAUCAUUACCUGCAUCUUAACAGUAUAGAGAUGUGUUUUAUGAAGAGUAUUAGGAGUGCAUGUGUGCAUGAAUUUUUCCUAUGCUAUAAAUGUAUUUUGAAACACAUUUUUACCUCAGCAUCUCAGGUUGAUUUAUCAGAAAACCAAAAAUAAAUUUUACAAAAAUGUUCUGCAGCCAUAAAAGUUUACUCUGUUUUGAAUUCAAAUCUUAUAGCAGAAAAUGUUUGGACACUCAUUUUGAUCCCUUCCAGAGGUUGAAUAAAAUUGGGAAAUUAAUAGUAAAAGCUGUCGGUUGCUUUUGGUUUUUUUUUUUGACAGAUUUUUUUUUUUACUAUUAAGAACUUUUUUUCUGCCAGUUAUAUUUCUUCUCCCUCACUAAAAUUUCCUGUUCACUCCUCUUGCAGGUUAGAAAAGUAACAAAAUCGGUCAUGAACCAUGGCAGAAAUUUGAUGUUAUCAUUAUUUUAGUGGUUUGUCGUUCAGGCUUCUAAGAAUUUCUGAAAUCUUGUUUCUUGAUGGACGAAGGUGUGUUCCUAACAUUUAAAUUUUUACUGUCAGAAAGAAAACAGAAGGAAAGGGAGAUUAGAGUAAGGCUGGAAGGUGUGUAUGUCCCCAACCAGACUGAUGUUAUUUCCAUCAUCUGUCAUAUAUGCUUCUCAGUAUAAUAAAAGCUGCAUUAUGUAUGUGCACACAUCUAACUGUAACUCUGUUAUGUCAGCAGACCCAGAUUUUAUUUUUUUACCAGUAAUGUCAUUCAAUGCUAUCUUACGAUCAACCAAGCAUCAGUCAGUAGGGAAGUUGAGCAGUAAACUUUUAUGACAUCACAGGCAAAACCCUGAUCAGGGACUAAGAUGUUUGGAGAAUGAACACUAGUGAGUAGAUGAAGGUUCUUGCUCUUGCCUAACUUCUGUCCUAAUUAUAUCACGUUUUCCAUCUUCCUUUUCUUAAAGUUCAACAACAGUCAUGCUCUAAUUGUCUCAAUCUACUAUUGUUUAUACUCUGUUUCAGGCAUCAUCUCCUUUUUUAACUAUAGGUUUAUGUGUAUGCUAACAGCUUUUACGGAUCUGGGUUUAUGAGUAGACAUCUAAUAGGUUUUAAGGAUUUUUGCUGCAAAAAUCUUGUGACUUUUGCAUCCAUUAGAAAACCUGGUAACUAAGUGGCAUGCAGUAAUAUAGACAAAGUUUUAAGCGCUGCAGUCGCAGACCGGUAUCUUUUUUUUUUUUUUUUUGUAGGGGAGGGGACAAUUGAAGAGAGCCGCACCUGAUUUUGCCAUCUUCCUUCCACUAAAUCUCUGUCAUCCACAAAUCACCUGCCCUUCCAGUCAGUAACUGAAUUGGGAACAGCAAUAAGCAUAUAAUGCGGUUUGCAUUUUCAUUAUUAUUUGCAGGUGUCAUGUAUGUGGCUUUCUCUCUUACUCCUUGCCCUGGCCUGAACCUCAACCCCACCACCACGUUAUCAUGUUCUAGUUGAGAGCCGCCCCACCCACUUCACUUUUUUUUUUUAUAAAGUUCAUUUGCAAUGUGUUGGUCGCGUAAUAUAUUACCUACCCUACCAGAGCGCAUUGCCAUCUGAGAAACAGAAGGUAGUAGGUUGUUUCGACCUGUUGAUGUCAGUGACUCCAUAUUACGGUGUAGUGAUGUAAGUAACGUGGAGCCACUGACCUCGCUGUGGCGACGCCUGCUGGCGAUAGCCAACAACAGAUACUGUAGAGACGGGGAGGCGCGCAGUGUCUUCUUGUCUGUUCCUGUAAUAAAAAUAAACAUUAAAAUUAAAAAGAAAUACUCACGAGACAUGUGUCGAUCA